AUGUCCGAGAAAACAGGUCUCAUCGACUUUGCGUACGGUUCUGAGACAUUCCAAACCUACUACAAAGUUAUCGGAGACCUCUCCUCGUCCCGAACUCCUCUCGUUGUCCUACACGGCGGCCCCGGUAUUCCCCACUCGUACAUGUCCCCGCACGGCUCCCUCUGGGCAUCACACGGCAUCCCCGCCAUCUUCUACGACCAGGUCGGGGUCGGUAAAGCUACACAUCUUCCACACAAACCUUCCUCGUUCUGGACCGUCGAACUGUUCAUGGACGAACUCGACAACGUUCUCGCACACUUCGGCAUCGCAGAGAACUUUAUGCUACUUGGCCAUUCCUGGGGCGGAAUGCUAGCGGCGGAUUACGUCGCCACGAGGCGUCCCAAAGGGCUCAAGCGCCUCGUGCUGGUCAGUGCGCCCGCGUCGAUGCAGCUUUGGGAUGUGGGGAUAGAGAGGUUGCUGGCGUGGUUUCCAGAGGAUUUUGUGAAGAUGUUGAAGAAGCAUGAGGAGGAGGGCACGACUGAUGCCAAGGAGUAUCAAGAUGGGGUGAUGGAGUUCUAUAAGGUGCAUGUUUGUAGGACGGAUCCGUGGCCUGCGGACCUGGUGGCUGCGUUCGGGGCCAUGGAGGAGGAUAGCACGGUUUAUAAGACAAUGGCCGGACCUUCGGAGUUCAACAUCACUGGCUCAUUGAAGACGUGGUCCGUCGUGGACAAAAUCCAUCAUAUCAACUACCCAACGCUUCUCAUUAACGGAGCCGAGGACGAAGCGCAAGACUUGGUUAUGGCUCCGUUUUUCGAAGGGCUUGCGAAAGUGAAGUGGGUCAGGUUUGCGGAGAGCAGCCAUAUGGUAUUUUGGGAGGAGAAGGAGAGGUAUUUGACGGUGUUGGGGGAUUUCCUGAAGGCAUGAAGGUUGUGGAGUGGACGUCACCAUAGUAAUGCAAUGUGCCAGGAAUCGAACAGCGUGAAGAAUACAAUGAUUAUGA